UUUGACUAUAUAUACAGUCAAAUAUAUAUAUAGUGUAUAUACAGUCAAAGAAUAGAGUGGGUCCAGUCCAGUGAUCCAGUGGUUCAGUGUCAAAAUUGUUUUCAAUACGAACAGGAUAUUUCUUGAUGAGGCCCUUCCUGUUUCUUGGAUUUUAGGAAACGAGACAAUUUUAUCGCAACCAUGCGUGUUUGGUUUGGUUGGAUCGAAGGAACGUUCGUAUAAGACAGAUUCGAUUAAUUAAUGGGCGCAGCGCACACGAGUAAAAUUGUGAACAAAAUGGAUAACUCGCAAGGUUCAGAAAACAGUAAUAAAAGUGAAGGGCAACUACGUUUAAAUAGUAGCACGAGGCCAUUGUCCAUCGAAGGACCAUCAAACAUGAAUACCAAUGAGCAGCGAACGACCCAGCCAGUACCGAAUCAACCUAGGCAGCCGACAAAUUUACAAGGCUUGCUUCGAUAUGCAAUGGAAGCAACCAAUUCUCAAAAUACAAAUGAGAGUCAAUUUCAACCUAUGGAUGAAGAAAGAAAAGAAUUUUUGAAGCAAACACUUUCUUCCUUGUCGAUCAAUAUAAUAGAAGAAUUACAAAAAUCUCUUAAAGUUUUAUCAAACGUCGUUGAUUUACGUCCAGACGAUGACACAUCUGAACAUGAGGCUGCGUUAGAAACAAUCGCAGACUAUGUAGACAAUAUAGACAUCGCCAAUGAUUUCUAUAAAAUAGGUGGAUUUUCGAUAUUUGGCCCUUGCUUGAACUCUCCUCAUAGUGGCAUUAGGUGGAGAGCAGCGGAGGUAAUUGCUGAACUAGCUCAGAACAAUCCAUUCUGCCAAGACAGAAUUCUAGAAACAGGAUUAUUCCCAACGUUACUGAACAUGAUAGACACAGAUCCGGCAGAGACUGUCAGGAUCAAAGCGCUAUAUGCUGUUUCUUGCAUAGUUAGGGAGCAUCCAAUGUCUUUGAAGUAUAUGGAUAUAAACGACGGCUAUUCGGUUCUUCUAAGAGCUAUGCAAAGUUCUUUAAAGAAACUACAAAUUAAAUCUGCGUUCCUCUUAUCUUCGCUUUGUACUAAGGAAGGCGUAAACGAUUUAAAAUCGACGCUCGUCAAUAUGGGCUUGAUAGAGCAAGCAAUAGGUCUGCUAGCGAUGGACGAUCUCCUUCCAGAGAUUAGGGAUCAGCUGCUGAGCAUUCUUGAUGCUUUGACCACCGACGACAUACCUCUCGCUCUGCAGGAGUGUCGGCGACCGGAACUUAAUUUCCAAUCUACGUUAGAACGCUACGUAAAAGAAUUGAAGCAAGAGGAGAAUCCCGAUCAAAUAGUUGCGUGUAAUAGAAUCCUGAAGAAGGUUUUUUCCGAUCAAGAUGCUAAUCAGGAGAGGUAAUUGUAUAUUUUUAUUUCGUAUACAAAAUUGUAUACCAUAUGUUAAUGUGUUUGUCAAUAAAACCUAUUUUGAAAUUAAAUAAAAAAUUAGUAAUGGA